AUGGAAAAAGAAAACAGCACGACCACAAAUGAAUUCAUUCUCCUUGGACUUUCAGAGACCUCUGAUCUUCAACUUCUACUCUUUACAGUGUUUUUGUUUAUAUAUGUUAUAAGUGUGCUUGGAAAUGUGUCUAUUAUUUUAGUAUUUCGAUAUAGUGCUAAUCUUCACAGUGCUAUGUACUUUUAUCUUGCUAACCUCUCAUUUCUAGAAAUAUGUUAUAUAUCAUCCACAGUUCCUAAAAUGUUAUCAAUCCUCCUAACAGAACAUAAAACAAUCUCUUUCUAUGGUUGUGCUAUGCAAAUGUAUUGCUUUCUGUUGCUGGGGAGCACGGAGUGCUACAUGCUUGCAGCCAUGGCGUACGAUCGAUAUAAUGCCAUUUGCCACCCUCUCUUGUAUGGCGCAAUAAUGAAUAAAAGAACAUGUGUUAGUCUUAUUUGUGGUGCGUGGCUCAUUGGGGCUGUAAACGCACUAAUACACACUGUUCUCACAUUCACUUUACAAUUCUGUGGCACAAGAAAAAUUAAGCAUUUUUUUUGUGAUAUCCCACCUGUUCUAGAUCUAGCGUGUAUGGACACAAGGAUUAAUGAAAUAGUUAUUUAUAUAAUUUGUAGCAGUGUAAUAGUAGGUUCCUUUCUCCUGACAAUGAUUUCAUAUGUGAACAUUAUUGCAACAAUUUUAAAUAUAAGCUCAGUUUCGGGAAGAAAGAAAGCAUUCUCAACUUGUACCUCUCACUUGAUUGUAGUUAUUUUGUUUUACGGUUCAGCUACAUUUAUGUAUGUCAGACCCAAAUCCAGCUAUUCAAUGGACAGAGACAGGUUUAUUGCGGUCAUGUAUGCAGUUAUUGCCCCUCUGUUAAAUCCUUUUAUAUACAGUCUCAGAAAUAAUGAUGUAAAAAUUGCUCUCUGCAGAUUAGUGAAAUAG